UUACAUUUUUCAAAAAAAAACUCUAGUAGUCUUCAGUAGACAUUGGGUGGGAAUAGAACGAGACACAUAUAAAAAUUAGAAAAUUAUACAAUGGCUGAUGAAAGAAAUUGUGCUAAUGAGGCGAUACCAAAAUGGAUUGAGGCCCAACUGUUUGAGAAAUUAUUGGAAGACAAUGUUGAAAACUAUAAAAGUAUAAAAAAGUUUAUAGUUAAACCCGGUAUUGGAGCAGGUGAAAAUUAUGCCACAGUUAUGUUGAAAGUGGAAAUUGAAGUUCAACUGAAAGAUUUAAGCAAAAAAUCUCUAUGUUUUAUGUUAAAAGUCAAUCAUGAAAAAGAUCAAUUACGAGAAUUAUUAAAAGGUCAUGAUGUAUUCGAUGCUGAAAAAAGCAUGUAUGAUGAAAUAAUACCAGCAUUUGAAAAACUUUAUGCUGACGUUGGUGUUGAAGUUAAAUUUGGUCCCAAAUCUUAUGAUUUAGCCACUAAAGAAGAAUAUAUUCUAUUGGAAAAUUUGUGUGUACGUGGUUUUAAAAAUGCAAAUCGUUUGGAGGGUCUCGAUAUGGAACAUACAAAAUGUGUCUUAAAAAAGUUGGCUCAAUGGCAUGCUGCUUCUGCUGUAUUUGUUACAGUGAAAGGACAAUUCGAGGAAAAAUACAUAAAAUGUUAUUUCCAUGAAGAAGGUAAAGAAUCUCUAAGAACUGUAUUUGAGGGAAUGGGAAAGGUGUUCAAAAGCUGUGCUAAAAACUAUAGCAAUUACGAAGAGUAUGCCGCAGAUAUUGAAGCUUUGGACAAUAAACUGGUUGAUGAGUUGUAUAAAACGGCUAUACCCGAUCCCAAUGAAUUUAAUGUUUUAAAUCAUGGCGAUUGUUGGUCCAAUAAUGUUAUGUUCCAAUACGAUGCUUUCGGCAAUAUUAAGGAAACCUAUUUAAUUGAUUUACAAAUGCCAAAAUAUGGUACACCAGCUCAGGAUUUAUACUAUUUUCUAAUAUCGUCUACAAAAUAUGAAAUCAAAAUUAAACAAUUUGAUUAUUUUAUCAAAUUUUACCAUGACAAUCUAGUGGAAAAUCUUAAAUUGUUGAAAUACAACAAAAAGAUUCCUUUAUUAAAGGACAUACACAUAAUGCUCUUCAAAUAUGGUAUUUGGGGUUAUUCAACGGCAACUGGUGUUAUGUCAGCCGUCCUAUUGGAACCCACAAAUACUGCCAGUUUAGAAAAUUUUGUUGGUGACUCCGAUGCUAGUUUGACAUUUAAGAAAUUGAUUUAUUCAAAUGAUCGUUAUCGUAAGCAUAUGGAAGCACUAUUGCCUUGGCUAAAAUAUCGUGGUGCUAUAUGUUGUAGCUCAUAAUUAGUAAAAAUAAAAAUUUAGUUUUUUCAGUUGUAAAUUUAAGUUCAAUGUAAUUUUUCUUUUCAUUAUCACGAAAAACUCUCUCUAUCGAG